AUGAACAUGACUACCCUGCUGCUGCUCCUGCUGGUGAUCGGCUCCACGCUCAGCUGGUUCGUGAGAUACAGGUUUCUCAAUGUCUACUCUCGCCUGCCACCAGAGCCGCAACGGAAGGAGCCGCAAAUAGAGAUCUUUCCAGAGUCUCAAGAGACCGACUCGAAGCCAGGCUUGGCCAAUUACUUUGAUGAAUUUCUUAGCGCGAUCAAGGUUUUUGGAUAUCUGGAGCGACCAGUCUUCCACGAGCUUACUAGGACCAUGCAGACCCGGAAACUGAUCGCUGGAGAGACUCUGCUGCUCGAAGAAGAAAAGGGAUUUUGCUUGGUCGUGGACGGCUUAGUGCAGAUCUUUGUCAAGUCGAAUCGUGCUCAAGACAUGGAUUGCUCGGGCGAGCUUGCAGUCGCAGACGACGAUCAGGUCGAAGAUCGCACAGGCUCGCACGGCAGCUAUCAACUCUUGACCGAAGUCAAAAAUGGUGCUCCAAUGUCGUCCCUCUUUUCAAUUUUGGCGCUGUUCACAGAGAACGUCAAGCUGAGAUUUGACGAAGAAGAUGAACACCUCACUUCGAGUGGGUCCAGUGGCAAUUUGAAGCAGCAGCUGAGGAUGGCGCCACAUCUCGAGGAUGGAGUUGCAGCCUCUGGUACCAACAGCCCCAUACAAUGGACCGGUCCGGGCUCGUCACGCCCAGUCUCACGACAACGAGCACAUUCGAAUGCGCAUAUGCACGGCGUUUACGCAGCACGGGACCCUCCGCCUCUUACUCUCGACGGCAGUGGCACAGAUGAGAGUCAGCAACAACAGCAUAGCAGGCGGCCAAGUUUCACACAGGGAAAAAGCACCAGACAGCAGCGAAAGUCGAAGCAGCAGGCUUCAGCUCAUCCAGAUAUCGUGGCACGAGCGACCGUGGACACCACGAUUGCAAUCAUACCGGCCAGCGCCUUUCACAGAAUAACAAGGAUAUAUCCCAAGGCGACUGCACACAUCGUACAAGUCAUCCUGACGAGGCUGCAGCGAGUGACGCUGGCAACUGCGAAUUCUUACCUUGGUCUCACUAGCGAAGUGCUGCGCACGGAAAGGCUGAUGGACAGGUACACAAGCUAUGAUCUUCCUGACUUCCUGCGAGGCGAGGCACUAGAACGCUUAAAGGAUAAGUUCCGGAAAGACCAGGAGCGAAUUGGGCUUGAAGAAGGCAUGAAAGGCAUUGCACUCCACAACCCACGUACUGCUCAGCACAAACGGACUAGCAGUAGUCUUCAGCGGGAAGCCGCUGUGCGAGCGCGGAUGAGCGUAGGCAACGGAAGCCUUCAUUCGAGCACUGUCGAUAAUGGUGACAGAUGUGGCAUGAGUGCAGGAGAUCUGCUUACCAACAUCCAUGCUGCGAGGUCACCAAAUGGUCGCAGAAGUCAACCAGGCAGCUUUUCGCAGCCUUACGUUGCCCCGAAGAACUCCAUUGGCAACCUUCAGUCAAUUGAAUCACGUAAGAAGGACUUUUACAGUCCAGUCAUAGAUCCACGACCCAUGAUGCAUCGGCAGGAAUCCAUAGAUGAAGAUCUGAUGUUCAGAGAGUCAAUCAUGGAAUGCAUGGCAAAGGCUAUUGGUCUCACGAAUUCUCAUACCACUCGUCGAGCUGAAUCUGUCGCGCAGUCUCCGCGACUGGUUUCAUACGACUCGAAAAAGCAAAGUGCCGUCUUCAACAAUGCUUUUGGAUUUAUGGACCCGUAUGAUGGCUCUCAGGAAGACGGCGACUCUGUCGCAUCAGCAUCUGCGUUCAGCGUCGGUGGUUCGGCAAACAUCAUGGAAGAUCUGAAAACUGAAGUCGAGAUAGUCUACUUCCCCAAGGACUCUGUGCUAGUCGAAGAAGGGGAGCGUAAUCCUGGGAUCUACUACGUGAUAGAUGGCUUUCUUGACGUUAGCGCGUCUGUAGAGGAGCAAGAGGCGCACAGCAAUGUGCUAGGAACCAUGGCGAGGCCAGAAGGGUUGGAGAUUCCAGAGUUUGCAACUUCGGCCGCGCGAAGAAAAUCGGACAACAAAAGAGCCUCAUCCGCGGGUCUCUCAGAGCAUCAUAGACGAAAGAAAUCUGGCUAUGUACGCAAGAGUCUGUUUCUCAUCAAACCAGGUGGACUGGCAGGAUAUCUCGGCACGAUCUCCUCCUACCGCUCAUUAAUCACCAUCACCGCCAAGACCGAUGUCUAUGUCGGCUUCUUGCCUCGGAUGGCAAUUGAACGAAUCGUGGAAAGGCAUCCCGUUGUUCUACUGACCAUGGCAAAACGCAUGACAAGUCUGCUACCACGUCUAAUCCUUCACAUUGACUUUGCCCUCGAAUGGGUGCAGGUCAAUGCCGGCCAGGCAAUAUACCAUCAAAAAGAGGAGAGUGACGCCAUCUACAUUGUGCUCAACGGUCGGCUGCGGGCAAUCCAAGAGAGCGAGGAUGGCGAUGACAUGAAAGUCAUCGGGGAGUACGGGCAGGGUGACAGUGUCGGAGAGCUUGAGGUCUUGACAGAGUCAUCUCGACCUGGCUCACUUCACGCCAUUCGCGAUACAGAACUUGCCAAAUUUCCCAAGACAUUGUUCAACAGUCUCGCUCAAGAACAUCCGGGCAUCACGAUCAAGGUGUCCAAGAUUAUUGCGUCGCGUAUGCGGGCAUUAAUCGAGAAUCCAAUGAACGAAGCAGAGCAUUACAACACACUGGCCAUGGAACGACCAAAGGUGGCGUCAACGACGAACCUGAGAACAGUCGCAGUGAUCCCAUGCACGGUUGGAGUGCCCGUUGUGGAGUUUGGCAACAAAUUGCACGACGCUUUAAGGCAGAUUGGCACGCCGAAUGGAGUGUCAGUGCUCACUCAGACGAGCAUUCUCAAUCAUCUGGGGAGGCAUGCGUUCAGUAGGAUGGGCAAGCUCAAGCUUUCGCAAUAUCUGGCAGACCUCGAGGAGAAGUACGGCAUAGUGAUAUACGUGGCAGACACGAGUGUCAAAUCUCCUUGGACACAGACAUGUAUCAGCCAAGCCGACUGCAUAUAUCUGGUUGGGCUCGCUGAGGGGACUCCAGCGAUUGGCGAGUAUGAGCGCUUCUUGCUGACUACCAAGACGACGGCUCGGAAAGAGCUUAUCCUGCUGCACAGUGAGCGAUAUUGCCCUUCAGGCACGACGAGAGCGUGGCUGAGAAACAGACCUUGGAUCAACGGGGGCCAUCAUCAUGUCCAGAUGGCAUUCCGCACAGCACCCGAGCCCGUUCAUGCGCAUCCGGCUGGAAAGCGAUUCGGCAAUGCCAUCAAGCAGCGAGUACAAGUACUGCAAGCAGAGCUCCACAAAUAUACAUCUCGGAGAGUGCGACAGACGCCAUUAUUCUCUGCUGAGACGCCGUUCAAAGGAGACUUCCAUCGGCUCGCACGAAGACUGUGCGGCAAGACUGUUGGGCUGGUGCUUGGCGGCGGCGGUGCUCGCGGUCUUGCGCACGUAGGCAUCAUUCGGGCUCUCGAAGAGGCGGGACUGCCGAUCGACAUCGUCGGUGGCACGUCGAUAGGUGCUCUUGUUGGAGGAGUAUAUGCGCAGGAUGCAGAGGUGGUGCCGAUGUACGGUCGGGUGAAGAAGUUCGCAGGUCGCAUGGGCAGCAUGUGGCGAUUCGCGCUCGAUGUCACGUAUCCCUCCGCUUCGUACACGACGGGGCAUGAGUUCAACCGCGGCAUCUUCAAGAUCUUUGGUGACAGCCAGAUCGAAGAUUUUUGGCUGUCGUACUACUGCAACUCGACGAACAUUUCGAAGUCCAGACCCGAGAUCCACACCAGCGGCUAUGUGUGGCGAUAUGUGCGAGCAUCCAUGUCGCUUGCAGGUCUUUUGCCGCCGAUGUGCGACGAUGGGCACAUGCUGCUGGAUGGAGGAUACACGGACAACCUGACGGUGUCGCACAUGAAAGCGCUCGGGGCAGACCAGAUCUUCGCUGUCGACGUGGGCGCUCUUGAUGACGACACUCCCCAAGCAUAUGGCGACAGCCUGUCAGGACUUUGGGCGGCUGUGAAUCGCUGGAAUCCCUUCUCCUCGCACCCCAAUCCACCGACGCUGUCGGAGAUCCAAGCGCGACUCGCAUACGUGAGCUCGGUGGACAAUCUCGCGCGUGCGAAGAACAUCCCUGGUUGUCGAUACAUGCGGCCUCCCAUCGAGACGUAUGGCACUCUGGACUUUGGGAAAUUCGAUGAGAUCUAUCAGGUGGGAUACGAGUACGGGAAGAAAUUCCUGGCUGAUCUGGAUGUGCGGGGGAAUGCAGAGACGGAUGACAAGCGGAAUUUGAGGAGGACAAUGGCUCCGAGAAGAGCUAGCAUUUGACAUGUGACGGUAGAUCAAGACGGAAGAGAUGCAUCCAUAGCAUG